CUCGCUAGUCUUUCAUGGCUGAUUAAAGUGCAGCAGUGCGAAGUCAGGCUGAAACCUGCGCUGUUUGUUUUCGUCUCUGUGGGAAUUGCCUGAAUAGAUGAUUGUGGCUAAUGCGUGGAAGGAGAGCUCGGCCGUUCGAUUACAACUUAAUUUGGUAAUGAAGUGAGAUGGAGAGACUUCCUGCUCCUCCAGUCUAUCGAGCGCAGCGUGGGGCCGAUCCAGCAGGCUCGGGAUGUUCUCCUGCUAAUGCAGCGCAGCACCAGUUAAUCAAAUAUUCAUGGCGAGGAGUGAAACGUUCCAACCAAUGUACCGAGUACACGGGUAACAGGAUUAAAACGUUUAUUUAAGGACGGGAGACGGUGGUGAGGCAUGUACAGUAAUUACAUUUCCAUGUGCCUUUCCUUCCUCACUGAUGGAACAUUCAUGUCUGAACAUGCUGUGUGAGAUGCAGGUUUGUGUGUCAGUCGUUGUCCGGACGCGGCUGCAGGUCCUGGGCGUCUCGAUGGACACGGGCAGCUGGAGUGGCAGUGAGAGUGGAGGAGAAGAAGUGGAGAGGAUGAGCGACUCGAACGAAAAGCCCACCGACAACGACGCAGAGGGCGUGUGGAGCCCUGACAUCGAGCAGAGUUUUCAGGAGGCGCUGGCCAUCUACCCGCCCUGCGGCCGCCGCAAGAUCAUCCUCUCUGAUGAAGGGAAGAUGUACGGUCGUAAUGAACUGAUAGCCAGGUACAUCAAACUGAGGACUGGAAAGACGCGAACGAGAAAACAGGUCUCCAGUCACAUUCAAGUUCUGGCCCGGCGGAAAUCCAGAGAACUUCACGCUAAACUUAAGGUCACUAAUUUGGAUCAAAGCGUGAAGGACAAAGCACUCCAGAGCAUGGCGGCCAUGUCUUCUGCUCAGAUCGUGUCGGCCACGGCCAUUCACAGCAAGCUGGGACUGGCAGGUCUCCCUCAGCCCAGCUUCCCUGCAGCGCCGGGGUUUUGGCAGCUGCCGACGGGCCAUCCUGGAUCCUCACAAGACAUUAAGCCGUUUACGCAGCACGCCUACCCCAUUCAGGCCGCCACGGCAUUAUCAGGUUAUGAGCCUCCCAGAGCUCCUGCAGCAACUCCUCCACCGUGGCAGGGACGCUCCAUCGGCACGAGCAAACUGCGACUCAUCGAGUUCUCCUCGUUCCUGGAGCAGGAGCGAAACCCAGAGUCUUACAACAAGCACCUGUUUGUUCACAUCGGCCAGACGAGCCACUCGUACAGCGACCCGCUGCUGGAGUCGGUGGACAUCCGCCAGAUCUACGAUAAAUUCCCUGAGAAGAAAGGAGGCCUCAAGGAGCUUUUUGGGAAAGGACCACAGAAUGCCUUCUUCUUAGUCAAGUUCUGGGCGGACCUGAACUGUAACGUCCAGGAGGACUCGGGUGCGUUCUACGGCGUGACCAGUCAGUACGAGAGUCCUGAUAACAUGACCAUCACCUGCUCGACUAAAGUGUGUUCAUUCGGGAAGCAGGUGGUGGAGAAAGUGGAGACGGAGUACGCGCGCUACGAGAACGGCCGAUUCUUGUACAAAAUAAACCGCUCGCCCAUGUGUGAAUACAUGAUCAACUUCAUCCACAAGCUCAAGCACCUGCCUGAGAAGUACAUGAUGAACAGCGUGUUAGAAAACUUCACCAUCCUGAUGGUGGUGUCGAACAGAGAAACCCAGGAGACGCUGCUGUGCAUGGCGUGUGUGUUCGAGGUGUCCAACAGCGAGCACGGAGCUCAGCAUCACAUCUACAGACUGAUCAAAGAAUGAGACACUGCUUCAACCUUUCUUUCUCUGUCUCUCUCUCACACACUCACUCACUCUCACACACCACACAAGAACUGCUGCCCUGCUGGUCAGAGAGAGCCCGAGCGCAUCAUGUCCUGUGUCCACAGGGGCCCGGUAUGUGGCGCUUUUCACCAUGAGCUGCUGCCCUGAACAGCUCAGAAAAAAACUUGACACUCAGUGAUAAACUCAUAACUCUGAAGCGGCUGUGCCUCUGCGCGUAUAAACCCUCCGCUUCACUCGCUCACAGCUGGACGAUGCCUCUAACGACCACGUUUUGUCUUAAAUGUUGUGUAUUUUCUCGAUCUGCACAGGUGCAGGGAGUGACGGUGAAACGGAGGUACGUUUUGUUACUUUUUCAUUUAAUACCGAUAUCCUUUUUUUUUUUUUAAUGUCACUGAAGAAUAUUGUGUAUUUUUUAGUACAAGAAAAAUGUACUCUCUAUUCUAAACAGAUAAGCGUAAUGUCUUAUUUUGUCCCUGAAAUAAAUCAUAGUCCUGUUUAGAGUUUAACACUGAAGUUAAGCAAAGAUGGAUGAAUGGAGUUAAUAUUUUAUACCACACACAACCCAAUUUAAAUGCUUAAUCUUUAACGCCAUCUUGAACUGGUUAGAAAUACAGACCUGAUAAAUCCCUAAAAAAAAAAAAAAUGUUUUUCCUGUUUUUAAUCUGGAUCACAUGUUCAUGUGUUCACUUGAAUAAUAGCGGCGUAAACGAACCAAAAAUCCAGACGCUUUUAUUACCAAGUCAUGUGGCAGGUUUGAUGGUGUCAUGCUUUAAAGGUGCAGUCAGUGAUCUCAUCUCAUCUCAUUAUCUCUAGCCGCUUUAUCCUGUUCUACAGGGUCGCAGGCGAGCUGGAGCCUAUCCCAGCUGACUACGGGCGAAAGGCGGGGUACACCCUGGACAAGUCGCCAGGUCAUCACAGGGCCGACACAUAGACACAGACAACCAUUCACACUCACAUUCACACCUACAGUCAAUUUAGAGUCACCAGUUAACCUAACCUGCAUGUCUUUGGACUGUGGGGGAAACCGGAGCACCCGGAGGAAACCCACGCGGACACGGGGAGAACAUGCAAAAACUGCACAGAAAGGCCCUCGCCGGCCCCGGGGCUCGAACCCGGACCUUCUUGCUGUGAGGCGACAGCGCUAACCACUACAACACCGUGCCGCCCGCAGUCAGUGAUAUUAUUUAUUAUUUUUUUUUUUUUUAAAGUGACACCGGUUGACGUGCUGGUUCAGGAAUCAUUUAAUCCACGCCCCUUUCUGAAUUGUUUGAGCUCAUACCCAUCCCCAUAGCUAGUAUACAUCAUCUUGUUUCACUACAUUUUAUUUCCUAAUGCGGGGCGUCCUAAUCACGUGUUGGGCUGUUUACAAACCGCUCACUCAGCAGCCAGUUCGGCAAACUCACGUGAGGUCAUGCGCGGGUCAGAGGUCACGACCGCGGAGCCACAGCAAACAUGGCGGAUCGCCCAGAUCGAACGAAGACGCCUAAAUAUUUAAUAUUUUUAUAAAAAUCGAGAAUUAAAAUAUUCCAAAUCUAAACGGACCUGUGAGCUCAAAGACCCCCAAGCGCUCGUUUCCGUGUCGGAGGCCGCCGGUUCCACCAUGUUUGUCACUAUCUCGCUCAUUAUAAUAUUAUAAUGAGGAUAAACUUUUGGCCGUUUCUGUACCCAAGCGUAAACAGCAUGCGGUAUUUUUCCAGGUCGUUCUCCUUCACAGGUAUGAUGCAGCAGGUAAUACAGUGUGUGAUUCAAGUACCUAGGGGUUAUUCAAGCUCCACAGGGUACUCUUGCUGGGUUUCACAUGAUGUCACAUCCGCCUCAUUAGUUAUUCAAAACUUUAGCUGGUGGUCUACUAAAGCACAGCUGACGAAGCGUUUGUACGGAGAAGGUGCAUUGCUGGCAUGAAAAAUACCUUAUGCUUGCGUUGUUUUAAGUUGUUCGAAUCAGUCAAACUGAUAAAAGGUUCUUCAGGGUUCCCCGUGAACUAAUAAAGGGUGAACAAACACAGGAUUUCACAAAAAGACAUCGAGAAAGGUGGCUUUCGAACCUCCCACUGAAAUCGAAGGGAGUCGAGUCGAAGCAUGCUCGAGUUUCACUUGGUGAAAGGUUUGUAUUUCCCUUUCAGCUCUGUGCUUGGUGUUUUCCAAGUACUUUUCUUGCUAUGUGUCGUUAUUUUACGGGACUUUUUUUUUAGUCAUGAAGUGCUAAAGUCCCCAGCUGUUUCUUUGUUUACUCCUUAAAGUCCAUAUGCAUGAAGGUCGCGACAAAUUCUUCCCCAGCCGUACAGUUACAACGCGCCGUGAUCACUUCUCCGUCUUGUUUAACUAAGAUCCAGGUCUUAGUUCCACCUAACGAACCACUUGUUCGUUAAUGUUACCAAGGACUCGAAGCAUCCUGACAGGACAAAGAGACUCCCAAUGUUUACUUUUGAACAACUAAUGUACUCCAGUUCUCGAUAGAUGAUGUCCUCAAGGUACUUCAGAACCUUCAUACAAAUAAAGCAACGGGCCCAGACGGUAUUUCGAACAGACUACUCAAGGAGGCUGCGCCUGAAAUAUGUACUUCCUUAAAGGAAUUGUUCAACCAUUCACUGGACUCUGGAGUAUUCCCCACUGAAUGGAAACAGUGUAACAUCACCCCUGUUUACAAGAAGGGCGACCGAACAGACCCCCAGAACUACAGACCGAUCGCCCUACUACCAACUGUUGCCAAAGUUCUUGAAAGACUGGUCCAUAACCACCUGUACGCUCAUCUGGAAAGUAACAACCUCUUUAACAAACACCAGUCUGGAUUCAAAAAGGGAGAUGGUACUGUGUUUCAGCUGAUACGCCUAGUGGACGACUGGGUGAAAUCCAUCAAAGGCCCAGACAUAGCUUGUACUGCGGCUGUAUUUCUCGAUGUCAGACGUGCAUUUGACACGGUUUGGCGCCAAGGGCUUAUCUACAAGCUGACCCCCGCUAUGGUGUAGGAGGGCCGCUGAUCCACUGGUUCUACAGCUAUCUAAUGGACCGUCAACAGCGUGUCGUCAUUAACGGUGUUUCAUCUUCCUGGGGGGCAACAGUAGCAGGAGUGCCACAAGGGAGUAUACUGGGACCUUUACUUUUCCUUGUAUAUCUCAAUGACAUCAAAGACCUUCCUUGCAAGUCAAACAUUAACUGCUUUGCAGACGACACCUCAUUGUACAAUUCAGCAAAAACCACCCAGGAAGUAGUUGACACCAUCAAUGCAGACCUGCGUACUGUCUCUACAUGGUUUUUAAACUGGGGUCUCAAACUUCACCCAGAAAAAUGUAAGGUUGUUUGCAUCAAGUCAGACUGGAAGAAUGUACAGCUACCAUCUAUUUACAUCCUUGGAAAAGUUGUCGAACAAGUGUCGUCAUACACUCACCUUGGAGUCACCAUCCAUCAGUCCCUGAUAUGGAAUGAACAUGUACAAGCGUAAACUAGCAAAGCCAGGAAACUCUUAGGUGCUCUCUGCAAACUUAAGGGAAAGUUAAGUAGGGAGGCCCUUGAGUUAGCCUACGGUACACCACCAUGAUACGAUCCAAGUUAGAAUACGCAUCAGUACUGCUGGGAGAUCUCAGUAGUACAGCAAGUAAGAUGCUUGACAAAGUGCAAUACCAUGCAGGCUGCCUUAUAACCGGAGCCAUGAAGGGGACCCCCAGUACCAGCCUUGCACAAGAACUUGAAUGGGACAGUCUGGCCACAAGGAGGCACCAUCAUUCCAUGGUGAUAAUGUACAAGCUCAUGAAUGGACUGGUACCAGUACACCUGCAGUCACUCAUCCCCUCAACAAGAGGCGAACAGAGAACGACUCGACAUACCCCGCUGUAGAACAAAGCUGUACAGGUCCACCUUCAUUCCACAUGCAUCAACUCUUUGGAAUCAACUUCCACAGAGACUGAAGGAUGCUAACAACAUGAACACCUUCAAGAGAAUGUGCAAGGACUGCCUCUUGACGCCAAGGCAACACCAGGCGUACAGACGACAGGGUAUCCGGCUUUACAACAUCCUUGCUGCCAGACUAAGAAUGGACUGGAGCCCAUUAAACGCCACCUUGCAUAUAAUGAAGAUAAAAGACAAAGCGUGUUCCUGUGGUUCGUCCUCUGAAACUGUCGCCCACUAUCUGCUACACUGUCCGCUCUACAACAACCAGUGUGAAGUCUUAGCCGCCACUGUUGAACAGUUCACACAAGAUCGGCUGACCAAAUCAGUUCUACUACAGGGGCUACCGGGCGGUGAUAACUGUACAAACAAACAAGUAUUUCAGGCACUUGAAACUUACAUUUCCUCUACAAAACAAUUUGAUGUUUCUUCCAGUUAAACCACCCCAGACCUUUCUUUGUCUCAAACCAACUUCUAAUUUGAACACCUAUUAUUCAAAGUUCUGAGCUCAGAUUAAUUAUGACCUCUGACCUCCCAAGGCUCUAAAAUUGUAUUAAGUCUAUGUUACUUAUUGUGAAUAUUGGGUUAUGAUGUCUAUGUCUUAUGUUAUCUAUUGUGAAGUUUGGUUCCAUAAGUAUGUUUGAUAUGUGGCUUUUUUUUUUUUUUAAAUGUAUUAUUGUGUUACUUUGAAAUUGGAACUCUGAGUGUAAGCAAGUUCUUCUUAAAGUACAAGUUAAGUUAAUGUUGACCCGAUGUAUGUUUAUGGCACCCGAAAUCAGCGUCGCUGCCUAUUGUAUUGUACUGUUGCAAUUCAAUAAAAGAAAAGAUCCAGGUCUUUAAAGGGGUUUCUGUUGAUCUUUGUGAAUGAUUUAGCUGAGAGAUAAGAGCCAGCACAAGUGAGAAUCAAGCCAACUGUUGUGUGU